AUGGCAAUGAAGCUAGACUAUUUAGGCAAAGAAGUGAUCAGACCUGAUUCACUUAAUCAGACCCUUCAUCUUUCUCUCUUUGACCAGUUUCUUCCUUCAACUUACGUUUCCGCCAUUUUCUUCUACGAUGAUCAAGCAAACGUCCAAGAAAAGAUUCUCGUCCAGAGGCUCAAGAAGUCACUCUCUCAGACUCUGUCUCUCUUUUAUCCACUCGCUGGACGGAUCAAAGAAGGCGUUACUGUCGACUGCAACGACGAGGGAGCUCUAUUUACAGAGGCACGAGCCGAUGUACUUCUCUCCGACGUUUUGAGAAACCCAUCAGAUGCUGAUUUGGUUCAGAAACUCAUUGUCUCUCCUGACCCUGCAGAUCCAGAAACUUGGCCGCUGUUGCAUGUCAAGGUCAUUUUCUUUAGAGACAGAGGACUCGCGGUUGCGGUUAGCGUCUCUCACAAGAUAUGCGAUGCGGCCUCGUUGUCAACGUUUGUUUGCAGCUGGACAAAGGCUGCGAGAGGGUAUGCUGACAUGGUGAAUCCCGAAUUUGCUGCGUCUGUUUUCUACCCUCCUGCUGACAUUUCUAUCGAGUUUCCUCCUUUACUCGUACAUGAAAGAAAAUCCAAGACAAAGAGGUUUGUUUUUGGUCCUUUGAUGAUAGAAAAGCUAAAAAACAGAGCUUAUUGUAGCAAACGUGUGCCACAAGCUACCCGUAUUGAAUCCAUCACGGCGCUUCUGGUAAGAUGCGCGACAAGGGAAAGGCGGUCAAAGGCGAGUGCGGUCACGGAAUUUGCUAUAACACAGACAAUGGACUUGCGCCCUAGAGUUCCGUCCUUUCUCUUGCCACGCAAGGCAAUUGGAAACUUCUUCUUUUUACCUUUAGUGAAAGAGACAUCAGAGAAUAAGAUGGAGAUCCAAGAAACGGUGUCUAAGCUACGAAAAACUAAAGAGGAGCUCAAUGAGCUUAUCACAAAGGAUACUGAAGACUCAAAGAGAAGUAUUGAUGAGGCCAAAGAGAGAAUCGCAAGCGCCAUGCUGAGCUCGUUGCUUGAGGUAAGUCCUGAUACAGAGACAUUUGUUGUGUCUAGUUGGUGCAGAAUGUCGUUUUACGAGGCGGAUUUUGGAUGGGGAUUUCCGGUUUGGGUUGCCCCGGAUUCCGUUGACAAGACACAUGUUGUGUUAAUGGACGCAAAGGAUGGUGAAGGGGUUGAGGCAUGGGUGACAUUACUUGAAGCCGACAUGGCUGCGCUUGAGCUUGAUGCUGAGCUGCUCGUUUACGCUACUCCAAGUCCUAGUGUCCUCAUGAUCUAG